AUGGAAGUCCCAGUUCUCUCGGAGAGCGCGGCAGACAACAAAUCGCGUUGGGAUGUGGCCAGAGAAUUUGCCAGGAGCGUCCUCGGUACGCUGAACACGGCCAGCGAUGUCUCAAACAUCGUGGCUUUCAACUCGGGCUCCUGGGCGCUUGGCGGAGAUUCGCUGAUCCCGGCCACGGACCGAAACAUCGAGAGGUUGAGAGUUGGACUGGACGGCAUAGAUCUGGAUGAGGGAUCUGACAGCGAAGCGGCAUUUGACGUGGCUUUUCGCCUGUUCAGAGAGUCGCUCGACAGGCUGGGUUCCAACGCAAAUUGUCAAAAUGUAAUUAUCUACAUAGGGGAUGGCGGCAAUCGCCCAUCACAUGGGCAGAGGCCAUUCUCUCUUGGUUCGAAGGGAAAUAAGAGCGCCCGCUGCGGAGACUUCAUCGAAAAGCAUUUGGACGCCGUGGAGUCCAUGCAGAGGACUCUUGAGCUGAUAACCAGCCGCCCCGCGAUCUUCACCUUCACUGUGGCGGGAGGCGACGAUGCGCUGGCGCGCCAGCUGGCCUGCAAUAAUGGCGGGGCGUGGUCCGCAAUUGACGGGAAUGGAGAUCCGCUGAAAAGCAUGGAGGCGUAUCUUCAGUACCUCGCCCUAUCGAUGAGGCCAAAGGAUUCGAAUUCAGACCCCAUCCUUUCUCCCACGCCCACCGAUCCGACCACGGGGGAGGGCGGCCUCCGCGUGACUUUCCCGGUGUUCGCACAGCCCCGAUGCGAGCCAAACGGCGACGUGGAAACUGCGCCGGGGGGGGCGCGGCUGCUGGGAGUGGUGGGCAGGGACGUGACCGCAAGGAUGCUAGAGGAAGAGGGCUUCAGCGGAGCAGGGGUUACCGCCCUGGUCAAUGACAACAAUAAGAUGGUCAGGAGGUGCAACGAAGACUACAAAUGCGACCGGUGCCAGCUUCAGGCGAUUCGAGGGCCUUUGUCCCAGUGCCCUCGCCGGCUCCAGAGCGCGCAGGACGUUACGCAAUGCUACGCCUUCAAAAACACCACCUACGUAUUGAGAAAAGAAGCAAAAGACUUCAACGCGGCGACCGAAAUCUGCGGCGAAUUGGGUGGUCGACUGGUCGAGCUGAAGUCUGAAGAUGUCAGUGGGGAGCAACGUUUCCUGGCUUCCAUCGCGCCUCCUGACGGAGCGUGGAUGGGGCUGCAACCUGUGGGGGGCAGGUGGAUGUGGACGGGGUCAAUGCGGGAGAUCGACUGA